AUGUGGCCAUUUGGGUUCAUAUUAUUGUUUACUAUAUUUGGUGUACAUGCUAAGGAGAAUUGCCCCCUAUAUGGCUUAGGAUACCCAAAACCUACCAACCUUCUUGCCCAACCAGGAGUCCAGAACGCAGCAGAAGCUCUAGAUUCUGUGUUUGCUCAAUACAUUGAUAAUUCCAACACGACAGGGUCUGAUCGGUUCUCCUAUUCAGUCGAAGUAUUUUCCGCCGAUGCCGACGAGCCGCUGUGGUCGCAUUAUUGGACUGCGACUAACUUGAAAACUCUCAACUCAACAGGCGUCAAAAAGGUGGAUGGUGACACCGUGUACAGACUUGGGAGCGUUACUAAGAUAUUCACUAUCUUGACGUUCCUCGCCGAAGUAGGCGACACUAUGUGGAAUGAGCCCAUCACCAAGUAUAUCCCCGAGAUCAAGGCGAUGGUCACCGACGCCGAUACUUCUCACUCCAUUUCAAAACCCGAUUGGGAGUCUAUUACCAUCGGGUCGCUGGCAACUCAAAUGUCAGGCCUCGUCAGAGACUCAAACGCGGAUAUACCUCCGUGUGGUAAUAGACCGGUGUGUAAUAGAACGCAAUUUUUCGAAGGUCUAAGUAAACUUCCCCCCUCAUUUUCGCCAUUCGUCACGCCAGCAUACUCGGAUAUCGGAUACACUCUUCUCGGGUACGCUCUUCAACAGAUGACGGGAAAAUACUUCGGCACGAUCGUCCAGGACAGGGUCAUUAAGCCGCUUGGUUUAAAUCGUACAUUCUACACGACGCCGGCGGAUUCUGUUGGCAUUAUACCAGGAGGUCGCUACCUAACAAAUUGGGCCUUCGACAUGGGCAACGAGUCACCGACUGGCAAUAUGUAUACGUCUUCUUCGGAUUUAUCCCGAGUCGGCCGAGCUAUACUACGAUCUACUCUCAUGCCUCCGGCUGUGACGAGAAGAUGGCUCAAACCGGUGACCUUUAGCUCAGACCCAAGGUCCGGCGUAGGCGCGCCGUGGGGUGUGCGCCAGCUUCCGUUUUCUAAAGAAUCACCUUAUCAAUUCGCUACUACAUUCAAUAAAGCUGGAAGUUUAGGGAAAUAUAGCGCAUUGCUAGCUGUCAUCCCGGACUUCAAUAUCGGAUUCUCCAUCUUAGCCGCUGGCGAUGUUCCUCCUAGCUUACCUAUGGAUAUAGCAGACACAUUGUCGAAUACUUAUCUCCCGACCAUGGUGAACACGGCACGGAUUCAAGCGGAUGAGCUCUAUGGGGGAGCAUAUAAACACCCCGACUCUGCGGUAAAUUCAUCUUUAAAUGUAGUGGUUGACAGCAGAACUCCUGGUCUGAGUCUAAGCUCGUGGAUCAGUAAUGGGACGAACCUAUUAUGGUACUCGGUAGCCAUAGGCCAGAACAUAACAAAAGAUUAUUGGGAAAAGGUUCGCCCAAGCGUCCGACUCUAUCCGACUGGGCUGUGGGACGCGACAUCCGACGGAGGGAAAAGAGUUGCGUUCAAGGCAGUAUUCGAGGACCUUAGCUUGCCCAACGUUUCGAAACCUUUCACGACGGACUGCUCGACUUGGGUCAGCGUCGCAGGGAUCAUGUAUGGCUCCAAACCAUUAGACCAGUUUAUCUUUAACAUCAACGCCGGCGGAAAUGUGACGAGCGUUGAAAAUGGAGCGCUAAGGAAUAGACUAGAAAAAGUACCAUGA